AUGCAAACGAUAAAGUGUGUCGUGGUCGGCGAUGGUGCCGUCGGUAAAACUUGUCUUUUGAUAUCAUAUACCACCAACAAAUUUCCUUCCGAAUACGUUCCUACUGUCUUUGAUAACUAUGCAGUUACUGUGAUGAUCGGCGAUGAGCCAUAUACGCUUGGUCUUUUCGAUACAGCAGGUCAAGAGGAUUAUGAUCGAUUGAGACCCCUUUCUUAUCCACAAACGGAUGUCUUUCUCGUGUGCUUCUCGGUCACAUCUCCAGCAUCAUUUGAAAACGUCAAAGAGAAAUGGUUCCCUGAAGUCCAUCAUCAUUGUCCCGGUGUCCCUUGUUUGAUUGUCGGCACACAAGUUGAUCUACGCGAUGAUCCCAAUGUGGCAGAAAAACUUGCUCGGCAAAAACAACGACCAAUCAGCUUCGACGCAGGUGAACGAUUGGCACGAGAAUUGGGUGCUGUCAAAUACGUUGAGUGCUCUGCUUUGACGCAAAAGGGAUUGAAGAAUGUUUUCGAUGAAGCCAUUGUCGCCGCGCUAGAGCCACCCAUCAAGAAAAAGUCAAAGAAGUGUCUUCUCUUGUAG